UUCUUGAUUAUUGAUAAGCAAGAUAUGUACUUUUAGUCCAUACAAAAUGGACUAAGAAUGAACUGUUGAAUUUGUUGGUUGUAAUUUAUAAUCUUGACUGAAAAUCUGCUUGUUCAUCAACUACUGAAUCUAUAAAAAGCAAACACAUGAUGUAACAUGUCUUCACAGUCUCACUGGUUGACAACAGAGGAAAGGAACCAAGUUUUACUUGAUCUUAAAGCUUCAGGCUGGUCUGAAUUAGGUGAAAGAGAUGCCAUCUACAAAGAGUUCAAUUUCAAAAAUUUUAAUCAGGCUUUUGGAUUUAUGACACGAGUUGCUCUGCAAGCAGAGAAGAUGAAUCACCACCCAGAAUGGUUUAAUGUCUACAGCAAGGUUCAUAUAACUCUUAUUUCCCAUGACUGUGGUGGACUGACCAAAAGAGAUGUGAAGCUGGCCCAGUUUAUUGACAAAGCUGCUGCAUCAGUGUAACAAAGAUGUGAAAAGUUUUAAUAUAGUUGCUAUCAAUAUUUUGUGUUUAAAUAGCAUCACUCAUUCAUUGUAACUCUGAUUUAGGCCAAGUCCCUCAGAGGACAAGAUACUUUUUUUUUUUUUUUUUUUUUUUUUUUUAAUAAAAUAAAAACACAGACUGACUUAGCCUUGUCUGCCUUUAAGACCUUAGUCUGAGAGACCAUCCUCUAAAUAAGCUUGGGUUUAUCCUUUGUCAUUGCUGGCUCCACGUGAGGAUACAGAGAUAAAACAGCAAAAAAAAUAUUUUUGAACAAUGACGAAUUUCUCUCCUAGAAAUUAAAACAGUGAUUUUAAUAUUAGAAGCUAAACACAGGAGCAAGCUUCAGUAUCCACAGAGCAAAGCUGGAAUGAACACUGGACCCCCACCCUCCAGAGCUGUAAGUGCUCCCCAAGCCUGCAGGGGUCCCGGUGGGUGCCGGGCCCUGGGGCCCCCUCAGGAGGAGAGUGCAAACGCAGCUGCCCCGUGAGUGUGCCCUUGUGCCUGGCCACAUGAGAGGUUUAUACAUCUCUACUCCAAGAACAUGAUAGCAGCCAGACUGGGUGAUUCCCAUCCUGCCUCUGGCAGUGACUGGUAGCAAGCCCUUAGGGAAGAUGAGAGUGGGGCAUGCAGCUAGUGAUGCCUCCUUGAAGUGCUCAGCAGAUUCUGCAGCUCAGCUACAACCUUGUGUUCCAUUUUUUUCUGUGAGUUUGUCUAAUGGCCGUGGGAACUCACCUGUCUUUUUGGCAUCCGCUGCCUAGCACCUAUAGCAGGUAAGAGUGAUACCGUGUGUUUGAGAAUUGUUUCCUUUCUGAGGAGGUAUAGGGCUGGAUCCUACAGCUACUGCAAACUGUACUUAUGAUGUAUAUGCAAAAAUCUGAGCAAGUGCUUGAAGCUCGUGUAAUUAAACGAAGCAUGUGCUUUUAAGUACUUUGGGUCAGUCAAAGUGCUCAGCACACUGCAGGAUCAAGCCAUUAUUUUUGUCAUGGCAAUCUCAUACCUGUAAGAGAGGUCAGGGUAGCUUUGACAGGCUCCUGUAAUGCUGGCAAGAGCUGUCAGCAGACAGGAAAGCAGCAUUAGCAGGAUUCUCCUGCUAAGCUGGGCUAGGCUGAAGCUAUGGACACCCUUUUUUGUAAUUACAGCCACUUGUUGCAAAUGUUGUUCCAAGAGCUGCAGAUCCCACCAACAGGUUUUAAAAUAAUUUCUUCCAUGGUUUCAAAGUUUGUUUUUUAUCCUGUGAUCCUCAGAUUUUCUCUGCCAGCAGGGAGAAUUCAGCCUGCUUAAGGACUGCAGAAGGGGGCUUCUCUCUUUGCAAUCCCUUUGCUAACUGUCCCCACCAUGCGCAGUCAUGCCUCACAAGUGAUUGCUGCUGUGUAGUUACCAGAAGAUUGACAUUUUAUAAAUGCCUAAAUACAUAGUUAGAAUGACACCAAAGGCACAGUUACAAACUACUGAGAAAUGAGAUACAUACUGACUUGUGAAUCGUUGCCAAAAUCUGUCUGGUGCAUGUGUUAGGUGUGUGGUCUCUCAAAUAUUUUUGGAUGCAAAAUGCCAAUAGCUGACAAGUAAAUAUUCCUGUUGAUAAAAUAAGAAAGAUAAUUUUUUAGUUAAUCCUUAGCAAGUGUACUGUCAUGCGCUGACUGGUAACAGGAAUGAAUGUGUCAGAUGUUGGAGUUCACUGCCAGUAACUAUGCUUAAGUUACGAAAUAAAAAUGUAAAGGAGACCCAGUUCAGAUGUUCUUCCCUUAAAAAUGUCUUUUCUCACUGAAGCAGCAGAUUUCCCUGAUAUGGCUUGAAAAUGGUUGCUGUUGCAGAAAUAAAUAAAGCUAAAACAAACAGUUAGACUGCGAUGUCUUCUGCUACUCAUGGGGACAUGAACAAAGCUUCACCCGAAGUUUUGGUGAUGUCUCUAAUGAACUGCGAAAACUGUUGUUAGAAGUUGAUAUAUAAUGCAAAUGCUUUGAAUAAAACCAAUAAAAUCAAA